AUGCUGCUCUUGCCCUGCCUGCUGCUGCUGGCCUUUCUCAGGACAGGUAUCUGCAUCUGGUCUCCCUUCUCUCCCUUCCCCACCAGCCCAGUAGCCCCCCAGGAGCUCCAACUUGCCAUGCCAAACCCUCACUUUGAAAUUGCAGUCUCUAUAGCCUCCCAGGGGCUUCUCAGCCCAUGUGCAGAUCUGCUUCGAGCAAGACUCUCACUCUCAGGGGCUUCAGGGCCAUCCUCGAGCUAAGUAAAAGCCCUGUUUGCAGGGCGCCACUUGCUCUGGGGUGUCCCAUCAGCUGGAGGAAGGAAUCAACCCAGGAUCCAAGCAUGUUGACAAGGAAUGAUGGGCCUGUGUUUGUGUGCAUGACAAUUGGAGUGCGUGCGUGAAUGUGUUUGAGACAGAGAGUUAAGCUUGUGUUCAUAGGCCAGUUUGCCUGCAAGUGCUCUGCUCAGUUUCCCAGUCAGUAUGAGGAAAACCUUUCCCAGCUCCUUGCAUCUUCCAGCCCAAGGACAACUUCACCAGACAGACUUUUGUGCGUUGCCAAUGCAGAUCUGUCUGAUCAGAAGUGGGUACCCUCAAAUCCCUUAGCACAGAACCAGUCACCUUCAGUCUUUACUGGGUUUGGCUUUACUCUUUAUGGGAAACAAAUGUCCCUGGACCCUGGGUGCUGGUUGUUUGAGGUCUGAUCUGGCUCAGGGCAAGAAGUGGUUCUCCUCUAGCAGGAGUGUCCGCGACUUUGCAGCCUUAUUUAUUAGGAUACUUUCCCUCGCUGUUCAGCCCGCUUCCACAGGACUGCCAACCACUCUAUAGCCAUGCGACCGAAGAGACGCUGAAACGGCAUUCCCUGGGCUCGCCUGCCCCCUCCCCGGGGUCCUGCUGUGUGGGCUUUCAGCAGAGCUGGAGUGGCAGUAUCCUCCCCCCUCUCCGCAAUUCUCCCGCGACCCCGGCAGGGAGGGCAGCCCCCCGAGCACCCAGCUUGUUCCAAUCGCUUCCUCUUUCCAGCUGGUACCCAAAACGUGCACCUUUGCGAGGGCUACCUGGACCCCGCCGGGCUCCACCACGCCGGCUUCUACUGCCCACGCCUCACCGACCCCCCGACCCACGCCUACUGCUGCCUGCCUGCCGCCUCUCGCCGCUUCAAGUCCUGCUGCCCACGGCCCGAAUUUGAGAGGCUCCGCGGCAAUGCCUCGGCUUCUGCUCCGCCAGCCGCGCCCCGGUGAGAUGCCCCUGUGGGGGGAUAGACGGGGGGGGGGGCGGCGAGAGGGGUGUUGUCGGUUCCCCUCUGCCUCCUGCCCUUCCGUCUGAGCCCGCUUUCCCUCCACAGGAGUCCGUUGGGGCCGCUGCUGGGCGUGGGGCUCUACGGCUGCCUCGUCCUGGCCCUCAUGACCGUCGACUUCCUUCACUUCUACCGCCUCCACCAGCGCAGCUUCCACCGCCUCCUCCACCGACGAAUCCUGGGGAGGUGUCCCUGCAAGAAACAGGAAGCCGGCAAGAAGGCAUGCGGGGCGGGCGCGGCGGGAGGUGGAGCAGCUCCGCUCGCAGGCCGCCCGGUCUCUUCUCCGCUGGGCGCUCCAAGGGAGGCGCUGCCAGCACGUGGGUCGGCUAGGGAGCGGCUGUCGCGCUCGCGUGGCGUCACUAGAGCGCGCCAUGGAGGAGACGGCGGUGAGUGGGGUGGGCGGUGGGAGCCCAGCUGACCCCCAAACCGAAUCGCUCAUCCACCCCGCCCCUCUUAUCUCCGCAGGUCCCGGAGCUCCGCCGGGAGGGCAACCAGCUCUUCCAGACAGGCCGCUAUGAGGAGGCGCUGGCCGCCUACACCCGGGCCCUCAGCCUCUGCCCUGGGGAUGGCGAGGAGCCCGACCCGCACCGCGCUGUCCUCCACCGCAACCGCGCCGCCUGCCACCUCAAGCUGGUGAGUGGGGAAGUGGGGAAAGCGGGAGGGUUGCCUGACUUAUGGGAGCCCCCCAAGGGGCAUUGCCAGCCUGCCUACCUGCCGCUCACUUAUGCAGGAGGAGAAAAGCUGGACACUCUUGGGGAAAUUUUAAGGGAUUAUUCCCACGUGUCUUUUCUUCUCAAAACUCUCAAGUGAACGUAGCACGCAUCAGAAGGUAGCAGGCAUUGUGUGAGUUUUCCCCUAAAUGGCCACAGAGCUUCCCUGUGCCCCCAGUGUCAACGUUUCUGUGCCUCUCUCAUUUUAACUGUGCUGAGCCCCUUUAGGUGGACUUCUUCUCACCCUACUGCUCCUUAGAAGCUGAGGUGCCUUUAUGCACAGUCAAGGGGAGCCCUCGGGCAUGGCUGUCUGGCUAUGAGGUACUGAGAAGACAGUGGCCAUAUAGUGAGAGGCCAGCCUGAUGCCUUUUCUCCUCCUGUAACCUGCAGAGAAUUUAGGAUUUGACAGAUGUCCCCCAGAAAGGUGGUUAGGGCUGUCAUUUUCAGCCUUAGCUCCUCUUGAGUAUUUUCUUCUUCCCUCACCCCCCCCCCUUACAUCUUUCACCAAUGCCUCUCUGGCAUUCUUUUUUUGCAGGAGGACUAUGUCCAGGCAGAACUGGACGCUUCUAAAGGUGAGCUGCAAGGGGUGGGGUGGGGGACUACUCUCCUUCCAAAAGUCUCUUUCUCUGCAGAAGCCUCUUUGCUACAUCUUAAUACUUCCUUGCCUGUUCACAGCCAUAGAAGCUGAUGGGCAUGACGUGAAGAGCCUCUUCCGGCGCAGCCAAGCCCGGCAGAAACUGGGCCGCUUCGACCAGGCCCUCCUGGAUCUGCAGAGGUGUGUGAGCCUGGAGCCCAAGAACAAGGCCUUCCAGGAGGCUCUGCGCAACCUUGGCAGCAGCAUGCAUGAGAAGGUAGGAGAAGCAUCGGGGCAGUAGGGACAUUGCCAGGGUAGGUGCCUCCCUUGUGGGGCAGCCUAGCUCUCCACCCAGGAAGGAUUCUGGGCUUCAGGUGUGUACUGGGCUUCUGAAGUAUGACUGUGGGGUUUCUCACCAACUGCCUGUUUGCCUCAGAUGACAGCCAUGUCCCGCACAGACUCCAAAGUGGAGCAGAUGUUUAAGUUGCUGCUGGACCCUGAAGAAAAAGAUCUGGACAAGAAACAAAAGGUACCCCUCUAACCAGCAAGCAAGUGGGAGGUGUGAUGUGCCUUGAUGAAGACCAACUUUGGGUGUGCUGCAACUGUACAUAUAUGGGAUGCAGUUGUAGAAUUAGGCAGUCUCCAAUUCUGUUUUCUGUUUCAAAAUGCAAGUUUUGCAUUUCCUUUUUGCCUGUAGGCAAAAGCCAGAGGGAGGGUUUCUGAUGCCUGGAUCAGGAUAUCUGAGGGAGGAAGGGAGGAGGACUUUGAGUCAUUGUACCGUAACUUCCUUUUCCGUGACUGUCAAAACCAGAAUAUAUUAGGGUGGUGCUUAUUUUAAUAUGAUAAGUCUCAGUCAAGAGUGAUUCAUUCUGUCUCAUGGGAUUUCUAUACCGCCCUUCAGCCAACAAUCACAGGGCGGUUCAUAACAUAAAAUCAUGCUAAUGUUGAUGGGAGUUACAGUGCAGCAGCACCUGGGGGGACUCUGCAGGCUUCCCAGCUCUGCCCAAUGAGGAGAUCCCCACCCCCAUGGCUCUUAGAGAAGCAAGGACAAUGGAGUUAUUAUGGGCCAGAAUCCCCAAACCUCUCCAGCUCUGACUGUGCCCCUCCAUCAGCUGUGUGGCCUGAUGGGGAGCGGUUAAAGCAAGCCCCUUUGUCCAGCUAACUGGCUCUUCUCCUGUCCAGGCAGCUCAGAAUUUGAUUGUUUUGGCUCGUGAGGAGCCUGGUGCUGAGAAGAUUUUCCAGAACGACGGGGUGCGCCUCCUGCUACAGCUGCUGGAUACGGGUCGGGCGGACACGGUGCUAGCAGCUGUGCGAACCCUCACUGGCCUUUGCAGUGGGCAUCGUUCUCGGGUAUGUCCACUUUUUAAGAUGAAAGCUUCUUCACCCUUUUUUGCGGGGGGGGGGUUUAACAGGUUCAGUCCAUUUACUGACAUGUUAUGCAUAAAACUCUCUCCAAAACCUGUUGCUUCAAGGGCAUGCCACUUCUCUGAGGGUGCGUGUGCCUGGAACUUGCCCCUGACAUUGUACUGCAUCUUUGAAAUGCCUCAGGAGGUCAGAGGCAAACCAAGUGGUCUCUUCUGUCCCCCUCCAGCACAGAGCCAGGGAGGGGCUGCAGAGGCACCCGGGCUUUCUCUGCCUCUGCACCUGCUUAUAGGUUGCCACCCCAUCCUCCUGGCAGGCACAGAGUUGAGUUUUUGCCCAUAGUUCAGGCUGGGGAAGGGGAUGGAAUCACCCCUCCCUCUCUGCUGCUCCAGUGUUGAGAGGAAACCUUGGGCUUCCUAUUUGCUGGAGUCUGGCCAACCACCAGUGAUUCACCAAGAGUGCUCCCCAACAGUUCCUUGUCCAGUGACAAGUGGGGUACUGCAGGGUUCUGUACUGGGCCUGGUGAGGUUCAACCUCUUGGAAUGGACACCCUCCAGAUGGUGGACUCUCCUUCAUUGGAGGUUUUAAAGCAGAGUUUGGAUGGUCACCUGUCAGGAAUACUUUAGUUGUGAUUCCUGCAUUUCAGAGGGUUGAACUGGAAGACCCAUUGGGUACCUUCCAACCCUACAAUUCUAUGAUCACUUACCAUGGGGGACAGAGGGUUAGCAAGACUGUUGAAACCUCAAGUAAUACAUGCUGCAAGAUAACCUAGAUAUUCCUCUAAUAUAUAUAAAAAAAACCUGAACUCUGUCUCCUUGGGUAAGUUUAUAGGUCCCCAGAGUUCCUACUGACAAACCACAGUUACACUUGUGGAGUUGCCUACUAGGCAGGUAUCCAGCUCUGCUCUGAGCAUUGUGGGGGAGGUAACUGGUUCUUGAGAGACAGGCUCCUGGAUUCCUCCCCAAGUCUCAGUGGAUACUGCCCUUCUUUCAGACUGCAGUGAUCCUGGCUGAGCUGGGGCCGCAGCGCCUCUUUGCUAUCCUAGAGAUGGAGGACGAGCAAGUCUCGCUGGCAACCUACAACCUGCUGCAGGUUAUGUUUGAUGCCCUGAAGGAGGGGCUGCAGAGGGAUGUGCGUGGCAAGGAGGAAGCUGUGGUCUUGGGUGAGUCUCCCUGCUGGGCUCAGCAUCCACUUUGUGUCAUGCCAAGCUCAUCUCUGUGCUGAUGCCUUGGGUGGAGCUGGGCUGCGAAUGCUAGCCUGGAGAGAGGAGGCUCAGACCUCCUCAACGCUGAUUCUGCUCCUGUAGAUACAUCCAAAGAGCUGAAAUUGCUCCUCAAGCAGCUGCUGGAAGCCCUGACACGGGAGAGCAUUUCCUCCUAUGGCCGGGACAGCAUCCUCAACCUGCUGAUCAGUGUGGUGCCCCGGAAGUCGCUGAAGGACCCCAACAACUGCCUGACCCUCUGGGUCAUUGACCAGGGUACGUCUAGCCCAUUCCUGAGCCCCUCCUCUUCCUGGCCUGGGUCCCUCGCCAGCGCCAGUGAGCAUGUCUGUCCUCACUAGGUCUCAAGCAGAUCCUGGAGGUGGGGGGCACAGUGAGCACCAGUCCUGGGGGCCUGCGGGUGACAGAGAACACCCUCAUGAGCGCAGCCGUCCUCCUCAGCAAGCUCUAUGGGGACCUGAAGUGCGACGGGGAGCGGGAGAAUUUCCACCGGCUCUGCGAGGACUAUGUCAGGUAGGCCUGUGACUGACUCGGGGGCCACCCCCUGCUGCUUCUGGUAGGGGGUGCUGGGAAGGCAUGGGGGGCAAAUGAAGUGGUGGGGAGUGAUGCUCAGCACUUAGUUGCUGACUAGCUUCACAACAGCCCACCAGCUUGGCCAGAGAGACCCAGUUACUGUAGUUCAUGUACUGAUUGCUUCAAGACUGGAUUAUUGCAGUGUGCUCUAUAUGGGGCUUCCCUUGCACCUGAUCUGGAAGCUGAAGCUAGCGCAGAAUGCUGCAGCUUGAUUGCUGAAAGGAGCAAAAACUUGUCAGCAUAUAGCACCUGUGCUCAGAGAUCUGUACUGGUUGCUGAUUUGCUACUGAGACAGGUUCAGAAGGUUACUAUUAGUAUGCAAAGCCCUUAAUAAUUUACCUGUGAGACUGCCUUAACCCAGAUAUGCUCACUCAACCACUUCCAUCUGCAAAAUUGGCACUGUUCCAAGUGCCAUCUAAUACCCGUUCUGCAUUUAUAAGAAAUGGAUCUUCUAGUGUGAUGAUAGCAGGCAGGCGCCUUCAUUCUACUCUUUUUGACGUCUACUGAAAGCAUUUUUGUGUAGGCAAGCCUACCCAUUAUUUAAAACGCUGGUGUGUUUUUAGUUUAUUGCUGGUUUUAAUUUUUAGAAUGUGUUGUUUGUACUAAUAAUCUUACUGUUUUAUUCUUUUUAUAAACCACUUUGAGGUUUUCUACAAUCACGUGAUAUAUAGAUGUUAUGAAAUAAAUACAUAAUAGUGGGUGGGAGGAGGACUUCUGCUGCCAGAAGGUGCCGUUGGUUGAUCUCGGAUUUGAGACUCCAGCCUUCUUUCUGGUCCAGAGCUUGGGGUUUCAGCUUUGGAAUGUCUGUGGCAGCUUCCUGGCUUCUCCUGAUGAGCUGCCUUUCUUUCACCUCCCAGGGGCUGGUUCCAGGACCACGGCGUCCCUGGGAAAUUGCGGGCCAUCCAGACGGCCUCCUGUCUCCUGCAAGGCCCCUCCGAGGCUGGGAACAGGGUGCUGGAGCUGAGUGGCAUCAUGGAGAGCAUUCUGGCCUUGUGCGCCUCGUCACGGGAGGCCGACCAGCUUGUGGCCGUGGAGGCCCUGAUCCAUGCUGCCGACAAGGCCAAGCGGGCCACCUUCAUCACUGCCAAUGGGGUGACACUACUGAAGGAGAUCUACAAGCACAGCGAGCGCGACAGCAUUCGCAUCCGGGCCCUGGUGGUGAGCAAGAGGCAGCAGAUCUUGGAGAAGGAGGGAGCCAUUUUCUGGCUGCAGUGGGACCCAACACUGUUCCUCUUCCAUCUUCCCAGAUUGAAGGAAGUUCUGGGGUCAGGUGGCAACUACGGCACAUCACGGUUUCUCUUUCCAGGGCCUCUGCAAAUUGGGCUCGGCGGGGGGCACAGAUUUCAGCAUGAAGCAGUUUGCGGAAGGCUCUACCCUGAAGCUGGCCAAGCAGUGCCGGAAGUGAGUGAGCGCUGCUUUCUUCCCCCAUGUCCCAGGCGCUUUAGCCUCUUCUGUGCCACGUGACUGCCUUCCCCUUUAGAAGGAGGUCAGGCUGCCUGUCCCUUUCUCAAAAUCUUGGGUGCUGGUGGGAGCUGAUGGAUGACAAGAAUGAGUCCUUCUGGCAGCUGCGCAACAGACCAUGCCCCACUGAAGCCUGGGGUGGUGGGCCUUCCUAUGCUCCUUGCCCGCUAGGGUUUCAGCUGGUAGAGGCACUAGGGAGGGAUCCUGAUUCUCCUUCUCCUGCUUCCAGGUGGCUGUGCAAUGAGGCCAUCGAUGCCGGCACCCGCUACUGGGCAGCUGAGGGACUGGCCUUCCUCUCCUUGGAUGCGGACGUUAAGGAGGAGCUCCUGGAGGACAAGGCUGCCCUGCAGGCUCUCUUCUGGCUGGCCAGGGUGAGGUCCUCUUCCAAGAGGGAGGGCAAAGUGGGUGGGUGGGGUACCUGUGGGAGGAAUGGGCAGCUGGGCAUGUCCAGAGGCUCUUUUUGCCUCUGCCUUGUUUAUGUUGAAUUUCCUUUGCUUAGGAAUAGCAACCCAGCUGUAGUAUGUGGUACCCAGUAAUUUUUAGAAUUGUAGAGUUGGAAGAGGUCCCAAGGGUCAUCUAGUCCAACCCCUGCAAUGCAGGAAUUACAGCUAAAAUCCCUGACAGAUGACCAUGCAGCCUCUGCUAAAAAAACUUUCAGUGAAGCGAGAGUCCACCACCUUCCGAGAGAGUCUGUUCUAUUGUCAAACAACUCUUACCAUCAGAAGGUUCUUCCUAAUGUUUAGUGGGAAUGUUCUUUCUUUUCAUUUGAAUCCAUUGGUUUGGGUUCCUACCACUGGAGCAGCAGAAACCCACCUUGCUUUGUGUUCAAUGUGAUAGCCCUUCAAAUAUUUGAAGAUUUAAGAUGUAAAAUGCUGUUCUGUAGCAAAAUUUCCCAAGUCUCAGUGAAGUGUCUCCGCUGUACCACUUCAGACCCAUAACUGGAGCUUCACUACUCCUCCCAGCACUGCUCCUUCAGCCUCCAGUUUCCAGAGGUUUCAAGAGCAGGGCAGGGCAGCUCCAAAAAGCCUUUCACACAGUGCCAUGCUGUGCUUUGAAGUCUGGGCAACUGAGGUUUUAAAGUGCAGCAUCACCAUUACAUCUGGUGAUUGACAGGUGGGUGGCCCCACCUACCUGCCCAACUCAGUCCGUCAGGGGUGCAGAGAUAUUAAGAGAUCACUUCUGAUCAGCUUCUGGUGUUCUGUGGCUGGGCUGUCUUGUUCAGCAUCAGCUGACGCUUCUUAAUAGUACUCAAGGGCGGGCACACUUUACUUUGCCUGGCAGUAGCCUAGUCUUGAGGUAACAAAUGCACAAGUGGUGGUCCCUGGUCCCAAAGAAUCAUGAAGAUCCCAACUGACCACCUUCUUCUGCUUCUUUGUCUUUGUUUCUGCCGCCAAUCUGCUCCCCUCAGUCAGAGAACCGGAGUGUCCUCUUUGCAGUGGCCUCCACGCUGGUGAAUUGCACCAGCAGCUAUGACCAAGAGGAGCCUGACCCCCAGAUGGUGGAGCUGGCGAAGUACGCCAAGCAACACAUCCCUGAGAAGCACCCAAAGGUGAGAGUGAGGAGAGGGGUGCCAUGAGGGGGGCAGUGGAAGCCUUCUAGCAGGCUGGGGGGGCUGUGGCUGGGCUGGGCUCCUCUGCCCUCUGCAGGAAUGUUUUUUGGGUAAUGGGGAGUUGAGGUUGGAGUGGGAAGCUUUUAGAAGUUUGUGAUGCAAAGACCACAAUUAUUGUGUGAGAUGCUGGUGGAUGGAGCAAGGAGGGCGAGAGGAGGUGGAUAAUAGUCAUCCCACGGUCUGUUCCCAUCCUCUCUCUCCAUCUCUUCCUGCCCAGGACAAGCCAGAGUUCGUGCGCCAACGUGUGAGGAAGCUGCUGGCCGCCGGUGUGGUGUCAGCGCUCACCUGCAUGGUGAAGAGUGAAAGCCCCUCCCUGAGCCCCGCCUGCCGAGAGCUGAUCUCCAGGUGAGGCCAGCAGGCCACAGGCCUUGACCCCUGCAGAGCUUUCAUGGAAUAAUAGAAGGGAAGCGACCCAAAGGGUCAUCACACCCAACCCCAUGCAGGUAUCACCGUUAAAAAAUCCCUGACGGAUGGCCAUGCAAUCACUGCUUAGAAACCUCUAAUAAAGGAGCAUCUGCUACCUUCCAAGGGAGUCCGUUCUGCUGUGAAAGAGGUCUUUAACGUCCCAAAGCUCUUAGUAAUGUGUAGUCGGAAUCUCCUUUCUUGUCAUUUGAACCUGCUGUGGGGUGAGCUGGUUCUGGACCUUCCAACCCUUCCCAGGUUGGGGGGAAAGGUGACUUUCCCUGGCUGUCUUGCCCCAAACAUCAUUGAUCAAGCUGAAGCCAAACAUGGCUGCAGGGAGUUGGUCCUGUCACAUACCUACUGUUGACAUUGCAGGGCAACUUCUCUGCUUCUAAGAGCUGCCCUUGGACCAUACACCCCUGAAAGGAGAGGGUAUCCCCAGUGGGCUGUUUGAGAGAACAGUAAGAUAGAAGUGUAAGGAUAUGAAUAGAUGCUAGGAGAGGAUAUAUUAGACAUUAUCCUUCUUUGCUCACGUUUGUGAGUUCAGCAGAGUGCCAUCCCUUUGCAGCUUGAAAGGGAAGCUUAGAUAGGCUAGUUUUAACCUUUUAGUUUAAAUAAUCCAGGAUGCUUUAAGGCAGACUGGAUUCUCCUGGUGUUUCUCCAUUUUCUCCCCCUUAAAAUAACAAUCACACAAAAAGUCUUGUAAAAGGUCAAAAUAACAUUUGCUCACUCAGAAUAUUUGUUGAAGAGUAGCAGCCUUGUUCAGGCAGGUUUAAAAUGGUAAUUCAGUUACAAAGACAUAUUUUGGUCUAGUUUAAAAUGGUGUCUGAGCAUUGGAGCUCAGACACAACAGAUGUUCUUCACAUUUCUGGCUUGAUGGAAAGUGCUGAAAAAAGAGGAUUUGCCCAAACAGCUAUGCCCUUCCCCUGUCACAGCACAGUGGGAGUGUCUCUCACGGAGAGAAAACUCUUGUGAGUUUCAGCUCUUACCAAGUGCCUACCUAGCAAUAAUGAACUGUUGGUUUUGACUGCAUUGUACAUAUCCCACAUGAAGCAGUAGAAUAGAAGAGUCUGGCCUGAGCCUGCCCUUUCCCCUGAGCCCUGGGUGCCUUUUCACUCCUCGCUACCCUACUGGCCCCUCUGAAGUUGCUGUUCACAGGCAAGUCCUCCAGACCUGCUACACAGAGGAGACAUGCUGGCCUUCUUACCUGUGGGUUUCUGCUUAGCCAAAGAGCUCAGAAAAUUUGAUCGAGCCAAGAUGACGCCUUCCUGUAAUCUCAAGUUGCUGUGGUGUGUGUGUGUGUGUGUGUGUGUGUGUGUGUGUGUGUGGAGAGAGUUCUGGGUCCCACAUUCAGUGCCUGCUAUUGUGUGCUUCAGGGUGUUCCUGGCUGUCGUGGAAGACCCUGAGGACCGAGGGGCUGUGGUAGCUGCUGGAGGCGGGAAGGUGAGCCUCACACAUGCAUACACACCCUCUCCUGUUUGGCUUUGCCCUGCAGCAGCACUGGGGCAUCAAGGCUUUUUCACAGUCAAGCAGAAUAUGGAUUUUAUUCCACCACUAGGCACUCAUCCCUCUGGCCCUGGAAGGCACUGAAAUAGGGCAGACGAAGGCUGCGCAGGCCCUGGCUAAGAUCACCAUCACCACCGCCCCCGAGAUGGCUUUUCCGGGCGAACGGGUCAGUGUGGAGUGAGGGCAGCAUCACAGCAAGGCAGUGGAUGGGGUCGGGUUCCCCUUUCCUCUUCCCACCGCCCUGAGCCUUUUCUCUCUCCUCCUGCAGAUCUACGAGGUGGUCCGGCCCCUGGUGGGCCUCCUGCACUUGAACCGCAGUGCCCUGCAGAAUUUCGAAGGGCUGAUGGCUCUCACCAACCUGGCGGGGACCAGUGAGCGGCUCCGGUAAGGCUGGACAGGCAGGCAGGCAGGCUGGCCAUCUCCCUGGGUCCCAGCCCUGUCCUCUGGGAGGGUUACAUUCCUUGGAGGCAGGGGCCAUUACCUUCUGCCUCCUCCUGCAGGCAGAAGAUUGUGAAGGAGAAGGCCGUGCCCAUGAUCGAGGGCUACAUGUUUGAGGAGCACGAAAUGAUCCGCUUGGCAGCCACUGAGUGCAUGUGCAACAUGGCGCUGAGCCCAGAGGUGAGCAGGGGUACUGGGCCACCUGGCUGUGCUGGGGCCCCGGGAGGUUUAUCUCCACUCACAUCUCUCUUUGGGCAGGUCGGGGAGCUGUUCCUGGUGGAGGGCAGUGACCGGCUCAAGCUGCUGGUCCUGUACAGCGGGGAGGACGACGAGAGGCUCCAGCGGGCAGCUUCAGGGACGCUGGCCGUCUUGACCUCGUUGCUGCCCCAGAUCUGCUCCCGCAUCCCUCAAGUGGUGAGUACCGCCUGGAGGGUGGGCUGAGCCCAGCAGCUGCCCGCUGGGCACGGCAGGCCUUUGGAGGGUCUCCAGGAACUGGGUGGAUGCCGGGUUUCCUUCUUGCUUGCUAACUGACCUCUCACCCUCUUUCCCCAGACGACUCACUGGCUGGAGAUCUUGCAGGCCCUGCUCCUCAGCCCUGGCACCGAGCUCCAGCACCGCGGGGUGGUGGUAGUGAGGAACAUGGUGGCUGCUGACAAGGAGGUGGCCGAGAAGCUGAUGGAGAGCGAGACGAUGGAGAUCCUGUCUGUUAUGGCCAAGGCCAAGGACAAGCCCCAGAUUGCCCAAGUGGCCCAGGAGUGCCUGGCCCAGGCCGUGGCUUAUGGCUUGAUCAAGCCCAACCCUCCCGCAGCUGCCGAGAAGGAGGAGGACUGA